AGACAGUGCAACCCAUCACAACCCGCGACUGGAGCAGGCAUUUUGUCUGUUACCGACUGUGUGGCCGUUGAUGGGCCUUGCGAUUUCGAGGCGCGGAGAAGAAGGAAAUCCAUGGUUUCAUAAGAACUGCCUGAGUGCUGUGCCUCCGUUGCUUUGGCGGUGUCAGAGGAACCAAACAUUUUGACUUGUCGAUCCGUUGCUGUCUGCUGGGCUGGCCGACACCGGAGCCUGUCGGGGUCACUCGUCCCGCGUCACAUGUCCAUCGCUGCCGCUCCCUCUGACUCGGGACCGCGCCAAGCUCGGGUCGGGGACGCCCUGCUUGCUCUCUGCAAGCGCGCCACCAGACCAGGACAAAAGCGCUCUGCGGGUGCGUCACGAAAAGAGAGGAGUGGCCGCACGCACCACGAAACGUGGUUCGAUUCUUGUGCUCAUCGCCGAGUGGACGAUUUGCAAUGCACAUAUCGAUGUGGCUGCACUUGGCGGUUUCCACCCCCACGUAAAUCAUUGCUAAUUCUCCGGGAGAUUAUCGGCAAAGGAACAAGCGUUUUGCAUGUGAUGGCUCUUUGCUGCCUGCUCCUGUCCGCGCUGAUAUCCCAAUAUCUCGUCCCUUUAUUUGUCAUUUCGGGUUUCUGCCAACAAAUUGCGUUCCUAUCCCCUUUUUCGUUCUGCUGCACCUUUUAAGCACCACGGUACUUUUGCGCCGGCUACAGACAGCCCAUCGCAUGUCCCAGAGCCGUUGAGCGUCUUUUAUUAGCACGUGCUAGGCAGAUGCAGCGAGUGUGGUGUUUGAUGUGCGUCCGCGUCUCUUGGUAUCCACUUGGGUGGGCCGCCGUCACCUCGUUCGUCAGUCGAAGAAGGAACCUGAGCACACUGAGGUACUGCGGACUCAAGAGAGUGACAUUAUCGACCAAAUGAAACCCAGGGCUGGGAAUCUUGGGGCAGCCGCCUGAUGAUCUUGGUUUGGGACGAAGAUUCUCGGUUUGCCUCAGGCGAAAGCUAAUCUGUGGCGGGGGAAAAGCACGGGAGAAAGAGGGUUCCGUCGAGACGUUUUGUGGUCUUGUACAAUACGACAAUACGGACAUGGGACAUGCAGCAAGAAGCACCAAUUGACGCCAUCCAAGCACAUGCCUCGGGAUUCUGCAGUCGGCCCAGCUGCUCUGUGUGCCUGUCCUAUCCCCAUUGCCAAGACUGGGUGUUCCCUCUAAGGUCAACAACAGCCACAGCCCUGACAAAGGCAAACAGGGCGGCAGUGUUGGCGAGGGUCCAGUCUGGCGGGGUUGACCAAGCCAGAAGCAAGGCACAUGACCGCAUGACUGGCAAACUGGGUCCGUUGGGAAAACACUUCCCAGACGUCCAGAGCACGUCCCUCGAUGCCCUGGGCCAAGCACCCGUUACGCCUAGAAAGCCAUGGAAGAUGAACAGUGUCUGUCGGUGCGUUGCGUGAUGUGCCCUGUCGGGAUCUUGCAGGGAGUUUGCAAACCGAAAGACAUUGGGACAUGGGCAUUGAGAAAUGAGGCGGGCUCCACCCGCUGGCUGGCUGCUGCUCGGCACAUGAGAUUCAGCUGCUGGGAGUUGGGUGGGGUCGUCGGCCCAGCACAUGGGAAACGGCAGGCACUCAAUCGAGGGCUUUGUGUUUUGCACAUGGGCCGGCGUUCGCUUGAUGUCCUGGUCCCCUGCUGACGACCAAGGGGCCCUGCCGCCCCACAAAUCGCCGCCCAUCCCGCCUUUGUCCACGCCUGUGCGCCAAUCAAGCGCCCCCGUUACUCGUCUUUUUCAUCUUCACGAUCCAGCAGCCGCGGGAGAGGCCAAAGUCAGUCGACCGACGGGUCCCGGCCUGGUCGCAUCCUUUUUUUUUCCUGUCUGGUCUCCAGUCUGGUCUUGCCCUCGUCUUCCCUGGCCAUCUCCUGUCCCCGCUUCCUUGGCCUCCCUGUGCUCUACCUAUAUUUCCUUCGUCUCUUGUCCAUCUCGUGGCAAGCCCGUCUGCCUCGUUUCCUGACUGGCGGGCACUCGACACUAGACACACACGGGGCAGUCACCGGCUCCAACGCCCUGCACGCGCCGCCGCGAAACCGCCGCCUCCUGCCCGCGCCGCCGCCCGCACCGGCCCUCGCUGGUCUUUUGUCUUUUCCUCGUCCCAUGUCGGCAAUGUCCCGCCUGCUUUAGCCUCCGCCCUGUGCUUGCGCCCGUGUGCGUGCGAGUGUAGAGUCCAACCGAGUCGAGUCGCUGAGAGUCCCCAGCGUUUCGCACACGCCACCAAAAAUGGAGGCCCAGCAUCACAUGCGAGAGCGCCAACAGGGCUGUGACGAUGCUAAAUCCCCGCCCGAGCCCGCCCUCCCAACCCUCCCACCGUCGUCUUCUCUCUUCCCCCACUGCCACCCGCCGCCAUCGCCGCCGCCGCCGCCGCCGCCCAGUCUCGGCCUGCCAUCGCCUGCGUCCUUCGGCAACUCCCUUGCCGGCGGCCAGGCCAAUCGUCUCGACCAGCUCUCCUUCCCCGAUGUCCCCACACACGAACUCGCCCCGAUCUCCCUGACUGCCGCCCAGUCCUCGUCAUUGCCCAGCCGCGACACCAGCAAACCUGCCGCCGGCGACGCUGCCAUCACAACAACACUGCCGCCAAUCUCGGCCCUGACCGACUCGCUGCCCUCUUCGCUCAGCCCCCGCUCCGUCCCCGCGAGCUCCGCUUCCCCUCCGACCCAGGUCGACCGCCGUCACCCGUCGCCGCCGAGGCUCACUGAGUGGCCAAGCCUGAACCCAUACACAACCUUUUACAGCCCCAGCCAUGCCCAGGCUGCCGACUCGCCCGGAAAGAUGGACGUGGAAAUGAGCGGCACCCGCGCCGGGAGCGUCAGCCUCGACGACCCCGACGUGCGCAUGGCCGCCGAGGCGCUGGGGGAUCUCCGCGCAGACUUUGUUUCGACCCCGCAACAACAACAGCACCCCGAGCCCCUUCUCCAGCUGCUGACAACUUCGCACCCACUGCUCGCAAAGACCAUCGAGGGCACCACAUCUGCCUACAACACCUCAAAGAACUUCUCGCCGAGAUUCAAGUCGGGGGCCGAGUACGUAGAGGGCUACCUAACGCCCAUUGGAAACACUCUGGGCUCCGUCGGCCGUGUCACGGGAGUCGAGGGCGGAGUGCGAUGGUUCCUGCGUGGGGCCAGGAGACAGCCCCCGCCGUCGUCGGACCUCGAGUCUGGCGACGGCGCGCGGAAUAAGAGGCGGAGGAUGAUGGGCACCCGUGACGGGUCCGACGAUAGCAGGUCGAUGGGCCACGACGACAGGCCCAGCCCGACAACGACCACGAGCGCCGUAACCACCCCGACGCCGUCCGAAUUCGACCCCUUCGCCUUCAGGAGCAAGGAGCGGAGGACCUCGAUGAGCACGGUCGACACCCUGCCUGCCUACGACGAUCACCGCUCACCGGCCUAUACCGAGGACGCGCGCGACGAGCGGUCAGGUUCAGUGUCGUCGCCGCGUCCGCAGUCGUCCAGCAGUGGGGGUGCUGCCUGGCAGUCACGCCUCAUCCUCUCCACGUCGGGGCUUAGUGUCGCCAUGAGCGAGGAGAGCUUGCGGAGUCUCAAGUACUGCCUGCAGUGGUUGAGGUGGGCCAACGACCACAUCGCCAAGGUUAUCGGCACACUCAAGGCCACGCUGGAACAGUUCGAGCAGCAACAGAAGCAGCAGAACCCCGACGCGGAGGGUAACCUCUCGACAACCGAGAUUACCGUCAUCAUUGACCCCAACGCCAUGGUCAUUGAUGAAGAGCCAGGGCAGAUUGAGAACGCCGAGCUGGGCCAGCGCGUCGCAGCCCUCAAAUCGGAUGUUCUCAAGACGCUGCGAGCCGUGAUUGAGACUGUUUCCAAAUACGCCGGCGGCGCACUCCCCGAGAAUGCGCGAGUUCUUGUUCGCCGACACCUGACCAGCCUGCCUCAGCGCUUCCGGCUCGCCAGCCAGGCCGAUCCCACUGCCGCUGGCCCAUCCACGGCCAGCGAGAAGGAUGUGCGCGAGGGCGCUCAGCGUGUCCUCCUCCUGGCGCAGGAGGGUCUGGACAUGAUGGCUCAGGUCAGCGGCGUGCUGGACGGCACCAUCGUGAGCGCCGAGGAAUGGUGCUCCCGCUUGGGCAAGAGGAAGCAGGAGGAGCGAGAGGCGCUCGGACGCCAGAGCAUCGAGCCUCUGACGGGAGUUGGCAUCGAUGGUGAUGUGAAGAUGGGCUGAGCCAGUCCACCACCCACUGCUGCAUAUUGGCAUAUAUUUCUUCUUUUCCCUUGAUUCCCGUUCCUUAAUCACGGUUUCGGUUAACUUCCGGAGAGCAAAAGUGCAAAACGAAAGGGAUUUAAAAACAAAAACGAAACAUAAAACCGGACUUACACGGGACGGCGCGGCGUUUUAACGACGGGGUUACUCUUGGACAUCAACAUACCCUUCAACGCGCAUCACCCCGUUCACAAGACCAUUGCUGGGCUCAGCCUGUGUGCUGCUGGCGUGGGCCCGCGGAGAGGAAGAUUAUUUAGAAAGCCUGAUUGGCGCAAGGCACAGGCGGCUCUCAGACGCAUUUCUGCCGUCUCUAUUCGUUCCUCGAGGCUGAUCUCUAAUACUUGGAUGGCCGUGGUCGCGCCAUAAAAAACACACACCAACACUCAUUUAUCUUCCUAUGUCCUCUCUUUUACCUCUUUCAAUCCGGCUGAAUUUCCUCGCACUUUCCACUCCUUCUCUCCUUUGUUGUGUUUUGUACCUAUUAGCAAGCCGUUCUACCAUGUCCUCUGGCUGCACAUGUCUUCUACUACUGCUUUACCCUGCUGAUUUUCGGAAUACGAAACUCGAUGCCUGACAUUUUCCUUUUUCUCGACUGCUUCCAUCUCUUCUGUUUUGUUCAUGCUUUUGUGUUUUUAGCUGGCAACACAAUGCCUUUGUGUUGUUCGGCUUUUUCGAUCGGUCCACUGGACGGCGAGCUUGUAGAGCGAUUGUCCGUUCAGCGCGGGAGGGGGUUUGGGUUUGGAUCGGCUGUUGGUCUCAUUUUGUUCUGUUUCUAUCUUGCUUUGAUGUAAAUAGCCUCCCAUCUGUGUCCACAGAAAUCCGACAUAGAUGUUUGUGUGAUUGGACUGCCCCUUUUUGAUCAUGGCGUGGAGCCGAAAGCGGCUGGCGACUUCUUUGCCUCGUUCGAGUGUUGUCGCGCGCGGUAGGCUGCCACUUGCCGUCGUUGCUCCUGCUCCCAUACUGGAUACGAUAGCUCAACACUAGGAAGGUGCAGUCUGUGUCUAGGGUCAACCGGGGAACAAAGGGCAGACAAGGACUUGGGAUCCAAUGUAGCCACCACCACCGAACAAAGCAGACAGACGCAUCUAAUG